CGUGCACAGGUGCUAAUUGUUCAUCGAAAUGCCUCCUAAGAAGCGAAAGAUAUCUGACCUUACCGCCAAUGACGUGAAUGCGCUCUCACUUACUCUCAACGAGUUCCAAAUGGCCCUAGUCGAAGACGACGAAGACCUUCCACCUGGUCUCAUCACUGCUUUAGAGCAAUUCCGCGAGAAGCUUCAAGUUGUUAAGCACGUCUCUUUCUCGAAAGUCGACUCCUUUGUACUGCUGCAAGUAAAUAUCAAGUCAGGCCCUCUAUUUCUGGUUCCAGAGAAGAAGGCACUUGCCGAAGAACUGGGGUCGGCAGAAAUUGGGGACAGGGCUCUUUCAAUGAAGGUUUUGAAAGAGCUGAUAGAGUUGGUUCGAAAGCAUGUGUCUGUUACAACUGAGGCCGGGUGCAGAGUUUUGAUAAAUCUUGUGUUACUCCGUGUUGCCUCCGCCAUGUCUACUGACCAAAUGGAUGUCAACAUCAUACCUGAAUACCCUAUUCCCAAGACCUUGUUCCUGGGCAAUCACUCCUUCGGUGGGGUGGUGGACUUUCUCAUGACGAAACUACCUGAACGAUAUACCUCUUUUUUGCUCGACGAUCCAGUGACUGCACUUGGAAAUCCAACUGCGAUCGAUGGACCCGUGACCUCAAAUAUAUUUGAGGCAAAGCGUGAUAACGUGCGAGCAGCCAUUCCUCCAGCUGUCAUAGCUGCUGCAUCUCAUUGUAGCCAACAUGGGAUAUCGGUACUCAGAGGGUGUAUAACUAGUGGAGAACAGUGGGUCUUUUUUGUGUAUAGUGCUACAAGUGGUGGUGGAGGCUCGGUCUCCUGUUCAAAUCAAUAUGAGAUUGGACCACAAUAUGAAGGCUUACCACUUAUCCUUGGUCUCCUCCAUGACUGGGUUGACAAUGCAGAGAAUCUUCAGCAAGUUUACUUUACAUCUAAAUGACAGGGAAUCCUGGGUGCUGUCAAUGGACUUUCUUGGUGGUUUUCCCAGUCAAUAUAGUACAUGAAUAACAAUG